AUGCUAAUUGUUCAAUUAUUAAUGCUAAUUAUUACAUUAAUCUUAAUCAUAAGAUAUGGAAGUAAAAUUAGACAAAAGAUAAAAGAAAAAUGGCGCUUUAUCAGAUUAGUCAAUCAAUUGCCAGGACCUACUUUAUUAGAAAUGCUUGGAGAAGUAUUACGAUUUAAAAUGGACAGCGAACAAUUUACUUAUCAAAUGGAAGCUAUCUUUCGAAAGUAUGCUUAUCAGAAUGAUUACGGAAUAGUAUGCUUUUGGUUUGGAUUAAGACCAAUGUUAUUUUUGGCUAGAUCGACAAGUGCUAAGGUAAUAUUUGAAAAUACAAAAUUGACCACUAAAUCAGAUGAUUAUGAUAUUUUUAAGCGAUUAGUAGGUGAUGGAUUGUUAUCUGCAUCAGGUGAAACGUGGUUCAAAGCAAGACGAAUGCUAACAUCGGCAUUUCAUUUCAAUAUUUUACGAAAGCAUGUGGAAAUAUUUAAUGAACAAACAAAGAUUUUUUUUUUUUCUUUUUUUGAAAAUUUGCUGGAAAAAUUAGAUAAGUAUUGUGAUACGAAUGAAACUUUUGAUUUGUUACCAUAUUUGAGACGUUAUGGAAUGGAUGUUGUUGCUGAAACAACAAUGGGUAUUAGUAUUAAUGCACAAAACUGUUGUAAUAAUGAUCAGUACUAUGAAGCAUUGGAGAUGGUUUUUAAUUUAAUGUGGGCAAGAAUUCGAUAUCCAUUGUAUUGGUUUGCAGCUAUUCGUUGGCUUUCUGGUUAUGAUCAAAAAUUAGAAUAUUAUUGUAAUAUAUGCAAAAAAUUAACAAGUCAAAUAAUAGCAGCAAAAAAAAAGGAAUGGGAAGAAUUUAAUAAUCAACCAUCUAUUGAGGAAUUAUCAGCUAGUGGUAAGAAGCAAUUAACAUUUAUGGAUCUACUCUUCAGUGUUCGUGAUAAGUAUAACUUAACUGAUGAAGAUAUCCGUGGACAAGUAGAUAUGUUUAUGGUUGCUGGAAGUGAUUCAGUAUCAGCACAAAUUGGUUUUAAUCUAUUUGCAUUAGGACAUCGACAACAUUAUCAGGAAAAAGUUUAUCAAGAAAUCAAAAAUGUUAUUGGUGAUAACGGACGUGACAUUACAAUGGAUGAUUUCAACGAACUCAAAUAUCUUUUCCAAUGUAUAUGUGAGACAGGUCGUAUCACACCAAAUAUCAUUGUUAUAGCCAGGAAAAUUGAUAUCGAAAUUGAUCUCUGUGGUUAUACGAUACCAGCAGGUAUUACCUGCUGUAUAUCACCGUUUGCUAUCAUGCGAGACCCAAAGCAUUAUGAUAAUCCAGAGGAAUAUGAUCCCGAGCAUUUUGCGCCGGAUAAAGUGAGAAAACGUGAUCCGUUCGCAUUUGUACCAUUUUCUGCAGGUGUUCGAAAUUGUAUAGGUAGUAAAUUUGCUAAUUUGGAGUUGGUUGUAACUUUGGCUCAUAUUUUGCGACGUUAUCGAGUUAUUUCAAUGUUGCCGGAAGUGCAAAAUCGACCAAUACCGGAAUUUACACUAAAACCAAGUAAAGGUUUCCCGAUUCGCUUAGAAAGACGAUGA